UUUUGAAGCAUUUCUCCUUUGAGAGAGAGAGAGAGAGCUCUGUGUUGGCUUUUUGAGGUGAAGGCGCGAUUUCGAUUUAGGAUACCAAAGGAAAGAGACGAACACUGCUCCGAUGGCGGAUCCUGAACUAGAAGCUAUUAGACAGAGGAGAAUGCAAGAGCUUAUGGCUCGACAAGGCAUGGGUAAGCAGCAGAAUCCAGAGCAAGAGAAACAACAGGAUGAUGCUAAAAGGGAAGCUGAUGAACGUAGACAGAUGAUGCUCAGUCAAAUAUUGUCUUCUCAAGCACGAGAGAGAAUUGCUCGAAUUGCCCUGGUAAAACCUGAGAAAGCUAGAGGUGUUGAGGAUGUUAUUUUGAGGGCUGCUCAAAUGGGACAGAUAGUUGAAAAGGUUUCUGAGGAGAGGCUUAUAACACUGUUGGAACAAAUAAACAGCCAAACUACCAAACAAACGAAAGUCACGAUCCACAGGCGCCGUGGGGUGGAUGACGAUUAGGAAGAAGAACAUCAUGCUGUACUUUGCACAGCCAUCUAUGGUUGGUGAGUGCACUAAGAACAUCUUAAAAUGUUGCUGUUAAAUAUGUUUAUUGUGAGUGAAUCUUUGAUGAUUUUCCAGAUGCUUGAGAUGAGAUUUUCAAAGUAAAACUGAAUGAAAAAAAAACACUCUGCAUUCUUAUAUAUGGGCAUAUCCUAUGUGAAUCUUUCAUC